CUCCUUAACUUUGCUUUCUUUUCCUCCCAACAAACACAAUGACUUAUUUUGAAACUCUCAAGCGCUCUUACACUGAUGUUGACACUAGCAAAGGUGUCGACACUGAACAAUUCUUGGAAGCUACAGAAGGACUUGUUAAGCUUUUUGACUUGCUCGGCUCUGCUGCUUUUUCAGUUGUUCAAAGUGACAUGAACGGUAAUAUCAAGAAAAUCAGAGAUCGUUAUCUGUCGAAUCCUACAGCUAAUAACACAUUGGAAGAAUUAAUGAAGAAUGAAGCUCCCGAGAAGAAGAGAGUAGCUACCGAAGGCCUCCUCUGGUUGACAAGAGGUCUCGACUUUACUGCACAAGCUUUACGUCGUAGCUUGUCAGAUCCUGCUGAAGAAUUGAACACCUCCUUCACAAAAGCUUAUGAACAGACACUUAAGAAACAUCAUAGUAUCAUUGUUCGUCCUGUUUUUGCUCUUGCAAUGAAAGCCUGUCCUUACCGUAAGGACUUUUAUGAAAAGAUCGGCGCUGUCAAUGACGCUGCUAUAGCUCAAAUGAAGGCAUGGCUCGAAGCUCUUGAAAAUAUCAUUUCCAUUAUCCAAAAUGUUUUUAAAGCAAACCCUGCAUACAUUAAGGGUAUGUAAAUAAAAUACAAACUAUUUCAUAAGCAUAGCUAUGUGUUUUUUUUUUUUUUUUUU